AUGGGCCUGAAAAUACAGUUUUAUGGAGACACAUUUAGGGUCGAGACGGCUAGGAAAGUCACCCAAAGCAAUUUUUGCUUCGAGAUUGGUGCUGAGAUGGAUUCCUCGAACUUGAAGAAAACAACCGCAUUCAUACGCCAAAAGUCCUCGGAUCUCGCGAAAGCUAAGCACUCUAGGUGGACUGUGUCGAAAGAUAAACUCAGUGUCACGCUGCCGUUGAGGAACUUACAAGCACGAAUUCAAGGGAAAGCGGUUAGACUGAGCUGGAACACGACAUGGGAAAACUACCAGGCCUUCAGGAUCGAUGUCGUCGCGGAUGGUCACCCUCGCGCAAUAUCUCUAAGACACGAGCCUCUUUCUCGAGAUGGCAAUAUUAGGCCUAUAGUUGACGCGAAGCUGCCGGAACACAUCGAAGAGCUCAAGAUGAUCGAAGUCUUCAUCACGCCAACUAGUAUCCCAAGCAAUACCAUUAGGGUUUUUGCUGCUGCCAAGGUACUCGUACUCUUCGUGCCGAUACCACGUAUCUUGACGGAUAAAUGUCAACAUGAUUUGCCGCCGCGGAAGUUGAGCCUCCAUGCGUUACUCAAUUUCCCUUCUCCGGAAUGA